AUGGCGCCACACUGGCACUGCCACCCACCACCACCUCUUCGACCACUGGGCGCUGGCGAGGGAGCAGCACCGCUACACGGAACAGCCGGAGCUGGAGGAGGAGCCGACGCUGCCAGACUCAUGGGCACGGCAGAGGCGGCAGCUGCUGCAGCUGUCAUGCGAGGAGUCAUGGUGCGCCCCUGUAUUUGUGCACAGGAAAAGUUUGGCGAGUCCGGCCUGAACUCUGGCCCUGGUGGCUUGGGCCCCUGCAGCACGGUACUCCAGGAAGCCAAGUGCUACAUGGGGCUGAAGGAGCAGAACAUCAGUGCGCUGACUCCACGACACAGCCAGCAGGUGGGGCAGCUGCUGCGGCAGUUGCAGGCCUCGGACGGAGCUCGGCUGACCAGCCUGCAGGGUACCUCUCUCAGCACGGCGGGCAUUGACUAUGUCGGCUUGCUGCGCGAAAUCGCCGACGAGCAGAGCUUUGAGGUCACUUAUGUGCCAAUAGAUGAGCUCAGCCCUGAUGGUAAGCACCAGUGCCUGGUGCAGUUGACCUCGCUGCCGCUGGCAGUGUGCUUCGGCACAGCCGACACGCCUGAGCAGGCACAGGUGGCUGCGGCGCGCUGCGCACUGCAGUACCUGAAAAUCAUGACCAAGAAGUGAGGCAGGCAGGGUACCUGGCUCAGCAGCAUGCUGGUCAACCUGGAUUGAACAGAGGAGUUCUGCCACACACACGGCAGGAAACCCUAGCAUUUUGAUGUUCAAGGUACCUUGUUCAAAGAAAAAAACCCGUCUCUAGUCAGAUGAGCUGCACUUCGGCCUUUGGCUGUUCCCUCCUCUUCGUUCACCCGCGUCCUUAAUCCGACCUUGGGGCAGUGUUGCGUUCAUCCGGUCCCACGCGGAGUGUGGGGCGGGGCCUAUGCAAGGCCAAGCCUGUGCCGCGGUUUACAUUGCUUUCGUGUCCGCUGGACAACGGAGCAAGUUACUGCAGGCUGGCCCAUAAAGUCUUCCCAUUCUUUUUUUAUCCUUUAUUGGCCUCUACUUCUAGCCAAUUGCAUUCUUGCACAUCUCUCUCGGCAGCCAAGGCUUGCCUCUUUUUUCUUUUUCUCUUUGUUUUACAUUUGGACUGCUCACGCUUGGUAGAGAGAGAGGAGGACUUCAGGUCGAAGCUUUAUCUCACUAAGGUGGCCUGUGAUUAACGCAGGCUCCAGAUCGGUGCUAAAAUGUGCAGUUAACUUUUUUUUUUUUUGCUUUUUCAAAGAACUGUAUUCCUAUUGUUGUUUAGCAUGGUCUGUGGCCUAUUUUUAUUCCUUUGUGUUUCGGCCAAGAUUCUUUGCUUCUGGCUCAGAGAGCAAGGAGACAAUGUGUAACUGGUGACUACCUUCGUGAUCUUUGCUUUUAGACUGUUGACAGAAAUUGCAUGAGCAUUGCAGGGGCGAGUGCAGGUUCGUAACGUGCCACAUUUGCUCGAAAAUGUGUCAACCCCUAUCUAUUGAUUUCACAGGGUAAUGAAGAGUAACUAAAAUAUAAGAGGAACUUGCAUCUCUUCGUUGCACCUGCCAGAGAAAGCAUCAUUGGGUGCUUUGAAGGCAUACUUGGCACCUCAAAUGACAAAUGUCCUCAGAGCCGCCAUGCACGUUCGGUGUGCAGUAUUUUUAAGAGCCAGUCUGGAUAACGUUCGCUGGGCAGAUCCUCCAUCCAUGGGCUCGUUGACAUCUCGAUGGCAUCUUCCCUCGUAAGCCACUUUUUGUAAGACACUGUAAUUAAGGUAAUUAAAAUGGCUUAAUGACUGCAACAUCCACUGGCUGUAGUUGAUACUUCUGCAAUGUAGUUGAUACAUCACAUUGCCAAGUAUGCUGACAAGGUUGCUGCCUGCCUCCAGGUUUGCAUCUUGGACUCCCUGGCAAAAGCGUCUUGUGAACGAGUCCAAGACCAGUAUAUCGAAGCUCCAGGUACACUUUGUCCCAGUUGCUUCAUCGGCACUGUCUGAAACCAUCCUUUUUUACAGUCACCUCAUUUCAUAACCUUCUAAUCAUAUUUGCCUUUUAUUACGAUGGCGCUAACCAGUUGCAUCCACGAGGUUUAUAGACCAUCUGUUAAUGUCGUUACGACAUUUCUUCCUUGUUAUUUUGUGUGUAUGUUUACUUGAAAGUUCAGCGUUUAAUGUACCAGUGAAGCCGGCAUGUUUUCAAAUGAGUAAGGUACGUGGCGGUGUGUUGCAGUCUUUUGCAACGAGUUCACACAAUGCAGUGUCCACAGAUUUCUCAGUAUCGUAGAGCUGCACUAGCCAUAUUCAAUCCGUUCAGCAUCUUAUGCAUCUGCAUAGCCCAGUCUUAAAUAAGCAAAGAAGCUUCGUUAUGCUGCGUUCUUUCUCUCUGCUGUUGAGGGUAAAAGUAGUGGUACACGAGAGCGAGCGAAACUUCUUUUAUUUUUUUGCAAUGCUUCUACCUUAACCAUGCAAAAACUGUUGCCUGAAAGGCUUUUUCCUUUCUUCUUCUUCUUCUUGAACGGACGCUACAAAAGGAGGGAUGAAGAGCGUGGCCUGUUUUUUCAUACUAAGCAAAGAGCCAAAAUUGUGAACGAAGAUGGGGGAACAGCCAGCAACUCUAGCUGCAGAAAGCAUUUUCUCUCACAUUCCGAGGAACUGACAAAAGAAUCGGGCAUCCAACGAUCUGAAAGUCUGGAGAUUGGGAGGGAGGACAGCCACACCAUCUUCUCAAUAUACGGUUCAUUUAUGACAAAACCUUUUUGUUGUUUUUUUUGUUAGCAGAUGUUGUGAAACAGUAAUCACAGCAGUGCUUGCAAGGUCCCUGUGUUGUUCUGACGAGCAUUUUGGAGCAAGAUUUUAACUUUCGUAAUUUUUGAAAGACAAGUUUUUAGGUUUUCUUUCUUAGCACUGGUUUGAAGGUGAGAUGCUACAGUUCUUUAAUGCACACUGAACUUGUUUUUUUUUUUUUCUUUUACUAUUCUGGCACCAUUCUGUUAAUUUUUUGUAGUGUAAUGUAGAGCCACAAUCGUGACUACUCAAGAUUGCUUUUGCAGCUUAUCUAUGGUUGCUGGUGUGUGAAGACAAAUAGGAUGGGACUUCAGGCUGGCAAGGAGGGAAUGAAUAUUAACCGAUCGUGUAGGUGGGAAUUUUUCUCUUAACUAUCAAGCAUGUAGGCUAGCUUUUUUCCCAAUUUCCAACCUUUCAUCUGCAAGUGACAAAAUAAACGGUAAUCAACAAGA